GAGAGAGAGAGAGAGGGAGAGAGAGAGCUCAAAAUUUAAGCUCAAUCUAGAGACACUCACAUUCGGGAAGAAGCAUGAUGGCCGGUCGUUAGCAAAUUUGUUAUAUGAUGUUACUGAUCAGAAGAGUUCAAAUCCCAGGAUCAUCAACGGUGCCACUACUGAGCUCUUAAACACAGCUCUUAACUUUACAAUGCUCAUUUCUAUAAAAUUAGAUAAAGUAAAUCCUUCUGGAAGAGGGAGUCUACAGAGGCCGAGACGUGCACAACAAAAUGAGAAAAACACAAUCAGACAGAGUGGAAAAGUCUCUUCUCCAGGUGAUCUUUCCUGAACACAGAGAUGAAACUCAUGGUUGUUUGUUUUCUGUUUCAAGCUGUGUUGUGUAGAGAAUUCUCCAUCACUCUACCAGAGAGUGUAGAAGCUCUGAGAGGACUCUGUGUUCUCAUACCCUGCAGAUUUCAGAUUGAAGAACAAUACGAUAAAGACCUCCAGAGAGAUCCUACAGGAAUCUGGUUAUUAAACGGCACUGAUGUUAACAGUAAUAAAGUCUUUAACUCUAAAGUAACUACAGAGAACAAGAUUGAAGGUGAAAUUAUAGGAGAUCUCCUCAUGAAGAACUGCACCACCAUCUUCUACAACAUCAGAAAGAGAGACAGAGGAAAAUAUUACUUUAGAUUAGAGUAUGAAGGUCUAAAAUACAAUUAUAGACCACCAGUAUCUCUAAGAGUGCGAGACUCUCCAAUCAGACCCUCAAUAACACUGUAUAAGGAGGAUCAGGGGGAGGUGGAGGACCAGAAUGAGGUGGUGGAGGGAACUUCAGUGAGUCUCAUUUGCUCUGCUCCAUCUGCUCCAUGUCUCUUAAAUCCUCCCACUUUUACAUGGAACUUCCUGCCUGAGGAGAGAAGACAGGAGCAGAACCACAACACCAGCUUCAGCUCCUCUCAGCUGAACUUCAACGCUACUCACCUGCAUCAUGGACUCACUUUCACCUGCACCACCACCUACCAGCUCCAGAACCAGAACAAAUCAGCACGGAGCUCUCGUACUCUACAUGUUCUGUAUGCUCCUCAGAUCUCUUCCUCCUCCAGCUGUAACAGGAGUCAGGAUUUGAUCAUGUGUUCCUGUGAGGUUCAUGGAAAUCCAUCUCCUACACUGGAGUGGAGACUCUCUGGUCACACUGUCUCUCCAUCAGAGGUCAUAUCCAUCUGGAGGAAGUCCUCAAGAAGCUUCAUCUCCAUUCAUCAAUCAGUUAAGGACACGCCCACUUUGCAAUGUGUUGGCUCUAAUAAUCUGGGUGUCAACACUCUCCUGUUUAAUUUCAUCAUUUUAGCAGACAGAAACACUGCAGAACUUUAUCUGGUUCUCUCUCUCUCUGUGGUUCUCCUUCUCUCUGUUGGUGUUAUUGGAUUUCUCAUCUACAAACUAAAGCAAUUGUCCAAGAAAAUAAAGGUUCUAGAAAGAGGAGAUACUUACGCUUCUCUCGAGCUCUCUGCUGUACAGAACUCUGAUUAUGAAACUCUGCAGACUAACAGAGAGAGGAGAGAAAAAAAGAACAACAUUUGAAAAGCUUUACAUAAAAAUGUCCACAAAAUAUCAGGAGUGUGAGGAUGAAUUUAAACCUUUUCUCCAAAUAAGUGAAUUUUCAUCAACAUCCUACUUCUUGUGUAAAUUCUUCUGUAAAUGAUUGAAGAAAACAUUUGCUUGUAUUCAGCAUGAUGAAUGAGACUGGAUAUUAUUCUUGCUAUUUUUACAGUUAUGGUCUUUCAUCAUUAUUGAUAUGUUUGUUAUUAAUGUUGCUUUAAGAAUAUUGUAGUAACCGCAGUAUGAUCAGUAAAGAUAAUUUAAAAGGAAUUGAAUGUGUCAUUGAUAUUGUUAUAGAUAUUUGUGUUGAUCUGGGAAAAUCAGGUAGAAGUCGCUGUUACUGAAUCCUGGGGAAAAUAAAUAAAUAAAAAAUAAGUAUUUGACCAAAAUUGUGUUUUACUUUCAAUAAUAUACAAUAAUUAAAGACAAGAUAAAUAUAUUCCAAGACAAGGAAAUGUUUAAUUUAGGUUAUUUCCUAACCUGACCCUGAUGUCU